AUGACCAUAUUGCUACUUGCACAUGACAUUGCGAACACCGUCAUCUCAGCGUGUGAAUGUGUUCUCCACGGUUCUGCAUAUGGUGGACUCAAGCCAGUUAUAGUUACGGCUCCAGCAAGUACAAAGGUGAUAGAAGGAGACUUUGUGACUUUGUCCUGCAAUGCCACUGGAGUACCAGUUCCCGUCAUCCGUUGGUAUGACAGGCGUGGAUUGAUAACCAGCCACCCGUCUCAAGUCCUUAGAUCUAAAUCCCGGAAAUCACACUCACCAAGACCGGCCUUUGACCAGGAGCCUGUCUACUUGGUUGUGUCCCGAGCUGGAUCUAGCUCGCUGUACAUCCAGGCUGUCACUCAGGAGCAUGCUGGGAAGUACACCUGCGAAGCCGCGAGUGAAUACGGCACCACCAAGGCCGAGGCAGUCCUCACAGUGGUUCCUUUUGAAACAAAUACAAAAGCAGGAAUAGUCACACCUUCCGAAGCCACGCAAAAGGAUAUAAGAGAUGGUUCAGAAACUGAAUUAUUAAGCUCAUUUCCAAUGAAGGAAUAUUCCAGAGCAGUGGAAACACCAUCAGAGAAAAAUGCUAGCGGAGCCUCUGUCCCUGAUGCCCCCAUCAUUCUGAGCCCUCCACAGACCCACACACCAGAUACGUACAACCUGGUCUGGAGGGCAGGGAAGGACGGAGGCCUGCCCGUCAAUGCCUAUUUUGUGAAGUAUCGAAAGCUGGACGAUGGCGUUGGUGUGGUGGGAAGCUGGCACACGGUUCGCGUCCCAGGAAGUGAACAUGAGCUCCACUUAACGGAACUAGAGCCAUCCAGUCUCUAUGAAGUUUUGAUGGUCGCGAGAAAUGGGGCAGGUGAAGGGCAGCCUGCCAUGCUUACCUUCCGAACUAGCAAAGAGAAAACAACGUCCUUGAAAAACGCCCAGGCGUCCUCUCCACCUGUGGGCAUUCCGAAGCGCCCUGUCGUUUCAGAGGCUGCAGACCACUUUGGAGUGGUGCUGACAGACUCCAGGCACAGUGGAGUUCCAGAGGCCCCUGAUCGGCCUACCAUCUCCACUGCAUCAGAGACAUCUGUCUACGUCACUUGGAUCCCUCGGGCCAAUGGGGGUUCUCCAAUCACUGCCUUCAAGGUCGAAUAUAAACGGAUGAGGACUAGUGAUUGGCUUGUGGCAGCAGAAGAUAUCCCUCCUUCCAAACUCUCUGUGGAAGUUCGUAGUUUAGAGCCAGGUUCAACAUACAAAUUUAGGGUCAUUGCUAUCAACCAUUAUGGUGAGAGUUUUCGGAGUUCAGCAUCUCGUCCUUAUCAGGUGGCUGGGUUCCCCAAUCGUUUUUCUAACCGUCCAAUAACUGGACCUCACAUUGCGUACACAGAAGCUGUCAGCGAUACUCAGAUCAUGCUAAAGUGGACGUACAUUCCAUCAAGUAACAAUAACACUCCCAUUCAAGGAUUUUAUAUUUAUUACCGGCCAACAGAUAGUGACAAUGACAGUGAUUACAAGAGGGAUAUUGUAGAAGGUUCAAAGCAGUGGCACAUGAUUGGGCAUCUGCAGCCAGAAACCUCCUAUGACAUUAAAAUGCAGUGCUUCAACGAAGGAGGAGAAAGCGAGUUUAGUAAUGUGAUGAUCUGUGAAACGAAAGUGAAACGUGUUCCUGGAGCUUCUGAGUAUCCUGUCAAAGACUUGAGUACGCCUCCAAAUGCCUCAGGGGGCGGAGGAAACAUUGGGCCUGCAACCAGCCCUGCCAGGAGCAGCGACAUGUUGUACCUGAUCGUUGGCUGCGUGCUGGGUGUGAUGGUCCUCAUUCUCAUGGUUUUCAUUGCCAUGUGCCUGUGGAAGAACCGCCAGCAGAAUACCAUUCAGAAAUAUGACCCUCCAGGAUACCUCUACCAAGGUUCAGAUAUUAAUGGGCAAAUGGUGGAAUACACCACUCUGCCUGGAACAAACCGGAUAAAUGGGAAUGUUCAUGGAAGCUUCAUAAGCAAUGGAAGUCUCAGCAAUGGCUGCUCCCAUCUUCACCAUAAGGUCCCUAAUGGAGUCAGUGGAAUCAUGAAUGGGAGCUUAAAUGGAGGGCUUUACUCUGGGCACACAAGCUCUCUAACCAGGACACAUGUGGAGUUUGAACAUCCUCGUCAUCUAGUGAAUGGUGGUGGAAUGUACACAGCAGUACCUCAGGCUGACCCAAUGGAAUGCGUUACCUGUCGAAAUUGUCGAAACAACAAUAGGUGUUUCACCAAAACUAACGGCACUUUCAGCAGUAGCCCCCUUCCUGUGGUUCCAGUGGUAGCACCUUAUCCUCAGGAUGGUUUGGAAAUGAAGCCUCUCAAUCAUAUGAAGAUUCCUGUAUGUCUGGCUUCCACGGCCCCUGACUGCGGCCAGUUACCUGAGGAGAGCAUCAAGGAUGACGAGGCACCAAGACCUGCUCGACAUACUUGCUGUCAGGACAGUAGGAAUGAGAUCAACUCUGAUUCCACAGAAGAUGCAGCAGAGUUCAACAGAGGAGACAGCUGUGUUCAUUCAGAAACAGAGAACAAAAUUUUAAGUUGGAAUCCUCUUAUUUUGCCACCUGUUUCAAAGGACAGUACUGAAAAGACAACGUGGUCUCCUCCUGGCAUUCCGUUAGACAGCCCUUCAGGGGUCCUUCAACAACCCCAGGAAACCUGAGGAUGUGCACAUGACUAGUCACAUUCCCACUUCAAGCCAGUAACUGCACAAAACAGGCCUGGGGAUGGACUGUGUGAAGGACAUUAAUUCAAAUCAGAGAAAAAUCAUUAUUUAUUUUUGUAGUAGUAAUGUCAUGUGAAUGUAUCUUAAAAUGUGUGCCCUUUUAUAUUAUUUAUGCCUUAAAAUUUUCCCUUCCUAUUCCUUCCUCCCCCCUCAGUAGAAAACAACCUAGUUUUACAUAGUUUUCAAUCAUCUGAGAACAGGGGGAUCAUUCCAUGUCUUCCAAGAAUCUCAGUGACAAUAGGAGCUCCUCUUGUGAGGACCCAGCCUAUCGGCUGCUUCAGCUAAGAGGGAAGUGUGCAGGCCGUUUGAAGUUUUCAGAUGGAAAGCUGUCAUUUCAGUAUUGUAUUAUCAGAUUUUCUGAGAACAUUUUAAAAUCAACCACAGUUGUAACCUGCUGUUCAUAAUAGCAGAUCUCUUAUGAAUAUUAGUGCCUUGCACAAAAGUGAUAGCUGACCUGUUGACUCACUCUAUACUCUCUGUCUGCACAUGGGUACAAGUUAUGUUUGGUUUUCCAGGCGCUGAUCAUACAGUGUUGUGGACAUGGCUGAGGUUAAGGUCUAGUUGGGCUAUUGUAGUCCUCAGAAAGGGAGCCAAGGUCAGAGAGAAGAAGAAGGCCUUCAAGUCCAACUGCUUUAAAAUUGCAUUUGUUUAUAAAAGGGUCACCAUGGCCUCUUUUUGACUGUAGCUAAGAGUAGGAACAAAAUAAGACUUGAAGCUGGUGACUUGAAGGAAAGAUUCACAUUUUAAGAAGAAAGGGGAGGGUUUCAAGGGAGCCCAUGUUGGCAGAAGCUCUUCCAUUGCUAUAGGAUUAUGCUCAUGGUGCCACACCACCCGAAAAUCAUCAUUUUCUGCCUUCCAACAUGGGCAAUACCUGAAAAAUGUGAGCGUCAGGAAAGAAUCAGUUUGGAGGGAAAGGGAGGUACGGUUUGAAAUUUCCUGACGUUCUUUCAGAAUGUCGUCACCGUAAACAGGCGCCUAAAGCUUCGGUUAGCAAAGCUCCUAACUCACAGUUCCUGCUGCCUCGGAGCCACAGGGCACGAGCAGCUGCCUGUGGAAGGCUUUCCUUCUCUACAUCUAAAAAACAACAACAACAACAAAAAAAAAAACCACACAAAAACGGUGUAAGUAUGCCUAAUAGCUUGAGUCCAGCUUGGAUGGAUCACUGCUCCUUUUUGGAUUGUGCAUCCCUUUGGGAAAAGAACCUGAAAAUGGUUCUCUUUAGAGUCCAGCAGUUCCAGCAUCAAUGAAAACAAUUUACAGUUUCCCAGAAAUUGCAGUGAAAUAGACUAGAAUACUAUGUUAAUCACCUUUCUAUAUAAGUGCAUCAAUAUUCCCUUACAUAUGUCUAUAUAUGUUAUAAAUAGAACUGUUAGUGAGAUGUGCUGUUGCAGCUGAGGCACUAUGCAAGGAUUCCUGCGAGUAGAAUGUAAUGAAUAUAAUUUCGUGGUCAGAUGUGAGGGGUGCCAUAGAAUCAAGCUCUCCAUUCCGGGUGUCCAUGCCUGUACUAUACUGGAUAUACUCUUCACGUCGCGUCGAUGCAGUUAGCUUUGGAGGGGGAUGGCUGCAUCCCUGACUUCUGUGACUAGCAAAGGACAAAGUCCUCAUACACAGAAUAUGAAAACAGACUCCACGUUUGCCAGUCACGUUACAGCGAUGCUGUCACAAAGCGAGCUUUAGAAAAACGGGGGAGUAAAUGUUUGUAGGCAGCCAUGUUGAUUCAGGAAACAGGUGUAUUAGCAUGAGCCUUAGGUCAUAAACUGCUUUUUAAAGAUUGAGUUUCAAUAUGGGAUUUGUCCACCAGGAAGAGCAAAUGACUUGACCUUUAGGGCAAUCUCAUUGUGGACUGCUUUAUUUAUAUUAUUAGUAACGCUGUUUUAAGUGUUAUCCCUUUUAUUGUAUUUUAUUUAUAAAAAUGCCUUUAUAUAUUGAGAUAUAUAAAUAUAAAUAUAACUAUAUAUAUAUAUAUAUAUAGUUGCCUUUAUGUUUAGGAGUUAUGAGUUCUCCCUAACCAUGAAUUGUUCUGAAUUUUGAUGCCCCGCACAGUUACCAAAAUCAGUCCUGCCUAAAUAUCACUUCACCAGGAAGUCAGAGGACAUAGUACAGGGCGGGAGAUGUCACCACCAUUCGUGGAGUAACUGCUGUGGACCAGGCACUGUGCUUGGAGAUUGUUACUGUUGUCUUAUGAACCCUCACCACAAACCGUUAGAGUAGGUGUGAAAGUCCCCACGUCUCCCAGUGAGCUGCAGAGCCUGAGUUUGAACCCAGCUGAUGUGGAGCCGGAAUCUGAGCUCCUAACAUUUUUCCAUGCUGCUUUCCAAAAGCAUUGCAGUUCACUCUUUUCAUGGAACCAGUCCAGUUGUCCGUGCUCCAGUCCACCCCUGCUGGGAGGUUCCUUUGAUGCUCUAACUCUACAGCUAGAGAAGCUGCCCUCGGUCCUACAUGGGCAGAGCUCUCUGGGCUUGGUCUUUGGUCUUCCUGGAGUCCACAUUUCUCCCUGGGAGCCCCCACCCCAACCCCAGAAUCUGAUCUUCACUCGGCUUAGUGAUCUGUAGGUGGCCAGGCCUCUUUGUGUUCCUUCUUACCUUAGAAUUUCGUCUGAUUCUGUGUUUUAGCGUUAAACUUCCCCCGCUCCUAUUCUGUCAUUUCACUAUCUCCUUUUUUCCUUCUUUCGCUUACGCGCUGGUGGUCUGGUGAUAGGUGAUAGUCUGGUGGUGUACAGGAUGUAAGUUAAAUUGCAAUGUUUUAAACCUUUUGAAGUGAUCUUUUAAAGAAGCAUUUCUUCCUGGGUUUCAUUUUUGUUGAAUGAGUCUGAAGACCAACACAUCCAUGUUAAGCCAAUCAUGUCGCAAAUCUCAUUCCAGCUACAGUACUGCCAAGAAGCUCAUUUUAUGAUGGGAUUUCGCCUAUGCCGUUCUUUUUUAAAAGCAAUGACUUUGAGACGCAUGCUUUUGUAUCAUAUUGAAAAGUAUGUUUUAUUUUCCUUGAAGUUGUAAUAGUGUGUUUGAAAUUGUACAUAUUUUUAAAUGAUGUAGCUUUGACAGGUUCUAUUUGGUUGAUAGGAUUUUAUAUUAAAAGAGAAUGCUGCUUUCA